AUGACACUUUAUCAAAAUCUUGAAGCUAUCAUAACUUUGUUCAUUCAAAUCUUUGUAAUCUUUCCAUACAGUGCCUUGAAAAUCAGACGACAACAAGAGUUGAUACCGAAGACUACACAAUCAAUUGAAAAGACUGCGCAGUCAGGAAAGAAAGAUUCGAAAAGGAUCUCAGGAAUCAUGAUAUCUGAUAAGGUUUACAAGCUCUGUACGAGCCAGGAGACGGUCUCCUCGUUACUCGCAGAUGAUCCUACAAUGGCUCCAGGAGAUGCGUGGAAGCAAUUAUAUGGAGGACAUGCGGCAGGUGAGAAGGAAAGUAAGAUUGAGGCUAGAAGACAUCGAGAUACAAUUACACCAGAGGAUUUGCAGAGAGCUUUAGAUUGUGGUAAUUGGGGUUCAACGCAACCAAGUGAACUCUUCUUAAAGAUGUAUCAUGAUGCACUUUGCACCCUGGAUAACAGCGUGAGUAAUUGUAUGGUCAGUCCACCAUUAAUGGGAAGUUCUGGUGUCAUGCCAUUGAGUGUGAUUUCAGUUGUACCGGAUAUCAUGCGACACAUGUCAAAUCUGAUCGUUCGAGCCGAAAGAGAAGUCAUCCUAGCUACAAAUUACUGGCAAAAUUCAGUUGCUUCGAAAUAUAUUACAAAUGCCAUGAAGGAGCUUUCUAGGAGAGCUGGCGAGAGAGGAGAAAGAAUAGUUUUUAAGCUUCAAUAUGACCGAGGAAGUCCAAAACAAUUACUCGACAACCAUUACUUCGUUUCGGAGAAAGAGUAUUUAGGCAAGGCUGUUGCUCUUCCCACGACGGCAGAAAUUCCCAAUCUCGAUCUACAAGUCAUGAAUUAUCAUAGACCUAUGCUUGGAACAUUUCACUGCAAAUAUAUCGUUGUGGAUAGGAAAUUUGCUGUUCUUCAAAGCAACAAUAUUCAAGACAACGAUAAUAUGGAGAUGAUGACACAUUUGGAAGGACCAAUCGUUGAUUCCCUCUAUGAUAUGGCUUUGAUUUCUUGGCAUAAAAACUACGAACCUCCAUUACCAAGCCAUAACUCUCCUGCAGUUCAUGGUGGAUUGAGCUCAUUCGGAAAUAAGAGUCAUGACGAUAUAUUUGACCAAAAUGGUUCUAUUAGAGGUCAUUCAGCUGUUGUACAUCCAGAAAAGAUGCAGGCACAACAAGCUUACUCAUAUGAGCCCCGGGCAUCAAAUCAGCCAGGCUUUGUUCAUCCAAACCUUACCGAAAAUGGUGAUUCAACAACAGGUCCAUCAACUACGGAGAGUGUUACAAACCUUGUUGGAAGUACUAAUAAUGCGGAUGAUAUUAACAACGGAGUUGAACAAAUCCAACUGAAUGGCACUCCAAGUACUCAUCAUGGAUUUGAGGCCAAGGACCUCAAAACUCGAGAGAUUAUGGCUGAAAAUGCAAGAGUACUGGCAACCACAGGAGAUGCUGAGCAUAUUGUUCACACCAAAGAUGGCGAGAAAGAGGUUCCUGAUUUACCAGAAAGAGGUACUCAAGCUCAACAUGAUGUAAAUGGACCCGAUAUGGAGACUCAAGAAUUUCUCAGUAAUGGAACUCAAGUUAUUCCUCAGUCACAAAUUGAACACCCCUCACCAUCCGGUAACGUCCUCCCAGAGCACACAACCGAUAAUCCUCACUACGACGAAGAUAUCGCUGGGGAAGUGGCCAGAGUGCAAACCGCCGUCUCCCCUAAACAAGGAGAAACUCGGAUCGAAGCCGUUACUCGUCAUCUCAACCAUACUAGAAACCCAGGUUUCAAAGGCAACGCACCGGAUUGUUCACCACAAGAAGAGAUGACCCCUUACAUUCCUCACCCCGUUCAUGAACCAUUCCCCAUUGCUAUGGUUUGUCGCGAACCAUACGGAUCACCAAAUCAUAGUUCUGUUUAUAAUCCUCAGAAUGAGGUUUGGCUUUCUGCAUUGAGAAAUGCCACCAAGAACGUUUUCAUUCAAAGUCCGACUCUUAAUGCAGAACCAUUGGUUCCGGAGAUUAUCAAUGCUUGUGAGAGGGGUAUUGACGUUUAUUGUUACAUUUGUCUUGGAUAUAAUGAUACUGGCGAACUUCUCCCAAUGCAAGGCGGCACCAACGAAAUGAUCGCCCACAAAAUGUACACCACUCUUUCCGACGCCGGUAAACAACAUCUCCAUUAUUUCUUCUACAUCGGCAAAGACCAAACCACCCCCUUAGUGGCCAAAAAGAAGCUUCGCGAUUGCCACAUCAAAGUCAUGAUUGUAGACGAACAUAUAGGUAUUCAAGGAAACGGCAAUCAAGACACACAGUCCUGGUUUCACAGUCAGGAAAUUAAUGUUAUGAUUGAUAGUGCGAUAGUGUGUAAGGGAUGGAUCGAUGGGUUGAGAAGAAAUCAGAACACGCAUUUGUAUGGAGAGGUGGGAAAGAGUGAUGGGAUUUGGAGGGAUGAAGAUGGACAUGAGGCGAAAGAUGUUAUUGGGGUUGAUCCAGGAAGAUUCUCUUGGGCAAAGGGAUUCUUGGGAGCGAUUAAUAGAGUUAGGGGAACGGGUGAUUUUUAA